AUGAAGUUCUACAAGACAGUAUUUGAUCUGGACUUUGCGCCGUAUGGCCCUGUCGAGACGGCACCUGGGAUUGGCGUCGAGGGUGCGGAGCUGGAGGAUUGGAUCCGUAGAGUCAUCAUCCCGACACACUUCUACCCGAUUACGACGGCUGCCAAGAAGCCUAAGGAGUGUGGUGGCGUGGUAGCAGAGGACCUAACGUCUCAUGGUACCCAGAGGCUGAGCAUGGCUGACGCGAGCAUCCUGCCUAUGUUCCCUGGUACCAACACUCAGCAGCCUACCUAUAUGGUAGCCGAGAAGGUAAUUGCCUUCCCGUAA